AUGGAUUUGGAGGUUCGGAAGCAGCAGGUUCGGUUCAUGGUUCUAGGCCAGGUGGUGUACCUCUCUCCCCACUCCACCGUGGAGCAAGCAAAGCUGAAAUGCAGUUCCACCAUCAGAGUGCUUCCCGUGACGACUGCGCUUGGAGGCGGAAAGGAGAAGGCAAAGGCCAAAGAGGGAGGUGACGAGGGUGUGACUGGCCAUGUCUCUGCACCUGUUGCGAACUUGCUUCCUGCUGCGGCUGCUCCUCGUCAUCCUCCUCCUGCUACUCCCGCUGCUGCACCUUCUGCUGCCAAGCCUCCUGCCACGGCUGCUCCGGUUGCUACACCUGCUGCUGCGAAGCCUCCUGCCGUGGCUGCUCCGGUUGCCACACCCGCUGCUGUUGCUGUCAGCAGGCCACGUGGGAUUGACUACAGCAAGUGGGACCGCACUGGAUCCAGCUGUGAUGAGGAAGAGGAGGAGGAGGAAGAGGAGGAGGAGGAGGAGGAGGAGGAGGAGGAGGAGGAGGAGGAGGAGGAGGAGGGGACGAGGAGGAGGAGGAGGAGGAGGAGGAGGAGGAGGAGGAGGAGGAGGAGGAGGAGGAGGAGGAGUCACCGAAGGCGGACAGUGGCACAGGAGGGAGCACUGGUGGAAGGGGAACUGUUGGUGUAG